UAUAUAUAAACUAAGUAUUCAAACUCUGUUGUUUUUUUACACCUACAGCACAUCUCAAUUCGGACUAGCCUCAUUUCAGGAGCCAAGAGCCAUGUGUGGUGGCAACCACAUUAGUACGAGCGUAAACAGUCUAACUUUACCGUUCUUGUCCUCUACUUCCUUGUGAGAUCCAGAACAGAAGGAAGCUAGAAACUUCUGACAGCUGCAGACACGUGUCUUUUGUAACCGCCCUUGCUUCCUCUCCCUGUUCAGAAGGAAGCUUUGGUGAUGUCCAGGCUAAUAGAGGCAUGAUUGGGUCCUUAGAAUAGUAAUAAUGAUAAUGACGGAGCUUCUACUCUGUCCUGAGCACUUCGCUUAGUUCGCACAACAAUCCUGUAUUAUAGAUGAGGAAAUAGGUUCAGGAAAGCAAAGUAACGUGUUCAGAUUUACACAUCCGGUGGUGUUAGAGCGGCCAUAUGAACUUGAUUAAUUGUUAAAGCCAGCAUUAGAAUGCGUAUGCUGUAAUUUUUAGUCUGCCACUAAUGGUCCAUGUGGCGUGGACAAAUUAAGGUAAGCACAGAGGGUAGAAAGAAGCUGACCUCUUGUUUCUGAUGCCUCCAUCCUCGUUUUCUCUUUUAUUUUCUCGGACACCUUAGGUCUGACUUUAGUGUUGGAUUGUGUUCAGGUCUUAGCUCCAUCAUUUAUGAAAAUCAACAAAUCCUCUAUUUCCUCUUCUGGAGAACAGGAAUGCUAAAACUAAUGCUGAGAGCAUUUGAGAACGGCCAGGAAGAUGAUAAAGAUGUCUGUAGAGCAUUGAGCACAGCGCAGGUGGCUAGUCGCCACUCAGGGCAUGCUCUUUCCCCUCCAGGUUGCUAGGAGAAGCAAAGUGCCAUUUGACCACCCAAUUCCAUCUCUUCUCUUGCAUAUUCUCCUGUGGGGUCCUGGAAGCCAUUGCGGCGCUAACCCGGCAUUAGGGCAGGUGGGAGGAUGUGGGGCAGGUGUCAGAAGUUGUGUCUGGGAACCUACCCAAGCUUCUUCCUGUAGCACAUUAUUCAUCCAGCUGCCAAACCUAGACCCCUCAGAGAGGCUUUUACCUUCUCCCUCUCAUUUCUCUCCCACACCCUUGGGAUGCUUUCACAAUCACUCCUAGUCCAGCUACUUCCUCCUGUUCCCUUCUGUUGCGGUCCCACAGUAUGUGGUCCCACAGUAUGUCCUUGCUCUGGGCUGUCUCAACUCUCCUGUAGUUUUUUUGUUGUUGUUGUUUUAAAGAUUAUUUAUUUAUUUAUUUGACAGACAGAGAUCACAAGCAGGCAGAGAGGGAAGGAGGCAGGCUCCCCGUUGAGCAGAGAGCCCCAUGCGGGGCUCGAUCCCAGGACUCUGGGAUCAUGACCCCAGCUGAAGGCAGAGGCUUUAACCCACUGAGCCACCCAGGUGCCCCAACUUUCUUGUAGUUUUACAGAGCCUUCAUCCACAGUAGCAGCUAGAGUCAUCUUUCUGAACCAUCCUGACCAUGUCACUUCCCUACUUUCAACUAUUUUCAGGACUAAGUGUAAAUUACUCCGCUUAUCAUUCAUCCACCCGACAAAUACUGGAGUGGGAAGGGGGACUUACCAUAUGCCUAAGCAGUUCUUACAGGUGCAAAGAGCCAUGAACCACACAACCAAAGCCCUGCCCUGGAGGCCCUUCACAGUCUGGACCCCAGCCAGAUGCCCACCUUCCCCAAAGCCCUUCCAGCCCGCCUGCCACACGCCCUGCCUGCACUCUGGGCUUUCACCUCCCAAGCCUCCCCUUGCUGGCCACCAUAGAGAGACCAGACCUCUCCUCUGAUCCCUCCAUUCCCUAAGGCGCCCACAGGAUGGCCUAGGCUCCUCUGCAAAUUGAAGCCCCUCUUUCUGCCAACUAGAGCCCCCUGCCCCUCCCCUGCCUCUCGGGGAUUGUGAGCUAAGAGCCAGGGUAAGAGGCUUGGGACCUGUGCGGCUCCUCCAGGCCCCGGCUGGCCUGCUCCACCGCACAGGAAGCGGGUUAAGAGUGCUGCCCUCACCCCCCUCCAGGGAUGUCUGGUCCCCAGGCCUCAUGCUGGGCACAGGGGACUUCAGCCUGCGCUCCAGUUGCUUCCCCUGUAGUAGAGGAGGAAGACAGGAUAGGCUGCGCCAAUGCAGAGUGCCUGGGGUUACACGAUCCGUGCACCAGUUUCUUCCUGACCAACGACCAGAGCUGUCUCCAGAUGAAUGAAUUUUCCUGGAAGGAUGUCACCAACGCCUUGUCCCUGGCCAACCUGAUCCUGGGGCUCUUCUCCAUCUUCUGCAGCUUCUGCAAGAGAUGUCACUGUGCCUCCUGGAUGCUUCUGAUCAGUUUCCUGUUAGACAUGGCAGUCGGGGCGAUAACCAGACACCUCAGCCUCUGCUCCAAGUCAGGAGUGGAGCUGAAUGACUUGGCGGUCUACACCACCUUCGGCCUGGCCUCAGCCAUGCUCCUCGGCGUGGACGGGCCUCUCAGUGGGUUCCUGGGCAUCAUCUAUGUGUUAGCUGCUACCUUCCGCCUGUGUUUCUAUUCAACUGCAGGCGCUCAGCUCACCUACAAGGGUCUCCCCUGCCGCUAUGCUUCCUGUGUCUUGGCCUCCACCUCCCUUCUGACCAAAGGCAACACGUUCAUUCUCUCUUGCAUGGCCUCACUUAUGAUUCUAUUCAUGAUGGACCAGAGCUACUAUCCACAUGAUGAAAUCCUGGAGUCGGAGAACUGGAAAAAAAUGGUGUAUCUGGGAGGUAUCAUCAUGCUGCUUUUGUCUCCGUUCUCCCUCACUGCCUUUUACUGCCUGCUGUGGUCACUCUCCUACAUCUUCUUUCCAGAUGCUCUGUGGGGCAAAGCAGCAUGUCUCAGGCUACAGUGCCGAGAAAACUGAACAGCUUUACCCACUGCCGCUGGCCUCUGUGGUCUUUGUGCCGGCACAUCGGGCCAAGCCUUGCCGUAGCCUCACUAAACCUUUUCCUGCCUCCACGUCUCCUGUGUGCUGGAUAACAUGUGGCCUUGAACCAGGGCAACCCAACAUCGGGCCAGCGGCCUUCACUUUCUCCUCUUGCUCAGGGUUCUGAAUCCCUUGGGGACAACAGUGGUUUAUGUCCUAAAGAAUAGGUUUUCCAAGCUGAAGUUGGGCCUGGCUGACUUCCAGCCCUGUUACCAGAUGGGGGUCCUGGUGCACGCAGGUCAGUCCCUUGGAAAGGAGGGAAAACCUUUGGUCUCCACCUUGGUCUGGUUGUUAAGGCUCCAGGGGCAGGACAGGGCUUACUAAAGUGGUUCUUAAACUUGCCGGCUCCGGCUCCGUAGAGCUCGUCACAGGACAAUGGCGUUGCCCAGUGUCAAUGUGCAUAAGCUUUUGUGACUUAAAAUUCUGUAUUUGAGCAGUCACAACUUUUGCCUUUUGCUUCAGUGAAGAGAUUAGACACCUUGGCAGCUUGAGGGCACCACCUGGCUUCCUUCCUUCUGGUUUUUUUCCUAAAUCGUAAAACAUUAAACUCCUGAUGUUCAAAUGCCACUUUGUAUUCUAAAAUCCAAAUUGAAUAAAAAUAAAGAGUAUUGUAUGGAAACUUGCAGUUGCCCCUCACAGAGAAUUUAGGCUGGCUGAAGGCAGUGACACCCCCCCAACCCAGCAUGGCCUCUGGACCUCCCACCUCCAGGCCAUGUACCCAGAGAUUGUUGGUUAGUUCAGCCCUUUCCUCAGCUCUGGAGCCGGAGCACUUUUUACCUAAGUUCUUGAAGUUUGCAUUAAGUCUAAAAUUAGAUUUUUAUAAAAAUAACAAUCCAGUGAAUCAGGAGGCUAUAGCCUGGCUUUCCAGGAAUGGGUAGCGCCGUCCUGGUCCUGGUCCCCAUGGCUCUCUGUCCAUGUCUCUGUUAUAUCAUUCAUGUUUGUUAGGUGUCCCAAUAAUUGGUCCAUGAUUAAAGGAGCGAGACUGAUACAAAGCGAAGAUCAAGCAAAGCUUUAUUUCGCACCAAGCAUCAAGAAUCAAACCGAACAUUCGAGGCCGCACCUCUUACAGAGACAGUGACCUCUCUCUGCUUCACAGACUAGCUUUUAAGGACAAAGGCCAUGUGGUUGGGCCUGGCCACACACAGGUGGCCAAUGAAAUUGUAACACAGAGAGAAAGCUGCACAGUCAUGUUAGGUCACACUUAAGUGACCAAUUGAAUUACAAUUUACCCUAGUAGUUAUUUGAACCAGCCUAUCAUCUUGGUCAGAACUGAGGCCCAAAAGGUGCCCAAAGGGCGAGGCCCAUACUCCUUGGUAACUAGGGAGACAGUAUGCGCCCUCCCAUUGAUCAGAUGUCUUCACCUGGCCUGACCCACCCUUGUAUUUGGGCUUUGUUACCUGGGACUGGUUUCCGGGACUUGUUUUUAAGUAAGUCCCCUGGGGGAAGGGGGGCAGGGACAGUUUAAGUUGUAAACAACAAAGUUACUGUUUAACCGGAUCUGGCUAAAUAGGUCCUUACAAUGUUUUGUGUGUGUGUGUGUGUGUGUGUGUGUGUGUUUUAAAUUUAAAGAUUUUAUUUAUUUAUUUGACAGAGAAAGAGAUCACAAGUAGGCAGAGGCAGGCAGAGGUAGAGGAGGAAGCAGGCUCACCAAGGAGUAGAGAGCCUCAUGCAGGGCUCGAUCCCAGGACCCUGGGAUCAUGACCUGAGCCAAAGGCAGAGGCUUAACCCACUGAGCCACCCAGAUGCCCCAUCAUUUAUGUUUUUAUGGAUGGAUGACUAUGUCUGCAUCCCAUCAGAUUUCAGGCUCCUUCAGUUUAUGUUUUUUAAAAUAUCUGCUGUUUACCACAGUCCCUGGUACUCAAAAAUGUUUGUUUUAUAGGCAAAUAGAUUUCCUUGUGCGUUCAAGUGGGUUAGGUGCAAGAUUACUAUAAUGUGGUAAGAAUCUUACAAAUAUAUACCCAAAUACACAUACAGAUACAUGAUGUCCUUUGGUAUCAUCCCCUUAUUUCAGAGAUUCCACACUUCAUCAAAAUAUUUAGGAAAUGCAGCUGGAGAACUGUGUUCACAUAAGCUCUUGGAGGCCAGCUCCUAGCGUCAUGCCUAGACAUAGCAGGUGCUCAAGAAAUACUGUCUUCUGGGGCACCUGGGUGGCUCAGUGGGUUAAAGCCUCUGCCUUCAGCUCAGGGCAUGAUCUCAGGGUCCUGGGAUCGAGCCCCACAUCGGGCUCUCUGCUCAGUAGGGAGCCUGCUUCCCUCUCUCUCUCUGUCUGCCUCUCUGCCUACUUGUGAUCUCUCUCUCUGUGUCAAAUAAAUAAAUAAAAUCUUAAAAAAAAAAGAAAAAGAAAAAAGAAAUACUGUCUUCUGAACCAACCAAACCUAGUCUACUAGGCUACUGAAGAUUAGGCAACAACGGCCUCUUUUGAGCUGCAUUAGUUAUCAGAUUUGGCGUCAAAGGAUUCUGGCUACUUCUAAAACUUGAAACUACAUUCGAAGAAGAAGAUGCAAUUCCGAAAGAGGAUUUCCUUGUUGCUUUUGAGCCACAGCGACAGAGUGAAAAGAAAUAUGUAGACCUCCUAAGGGGAUUGCUUUGAAAAGGGAAAUACCCAUUUGGAUACUUGUUUGCACUUUGUUUGUAACAAUUCAUACUUCAUUGCCUCAAACAGUUUAGGUUAGUGAUGCAAGGAUAGUAAAGUGUACGACUAUGUGCUUCCUCCCAACUACAUGGAAGGAAAGCAGCCCUUCUACGUGGUUUCGGGGACUGAGGAUGCAUUAGCUGUGCAGGGCUUUACUUCUCCAGUUAGCAAUAAAACUUAAAAAACAGAACAGGUAAAACAGGACAUGUAAUAAAAUAAAACAAUAUAAAAUAUAAGCUAUUCUAAUGUAGAAUAGCUCUCAGGAACAAGUGGGAAGUCUGGGACUUUAAAAAUAUACUUCUCAGAUGAAUGCAUGAAGUCAGAGGGGUUCUUUCUUAAUUCAAGGCAGUUCUGCUACUUCUCAGCUUGAGAUGGAGUAUAGAUUUCCCUUCCAGCACCCUCUUAAUGAACCUGUGCCCAGUGAACAGGGACAAGUGACUGAGGAGUCUGCUUUUUUUUUUUUUUUUUUUUAGCUCUGUGAACGUGAGUGAAAGGUUUAAUCUCUCUAAACCCAUUUCCUUAACUGUAAAAUGAAUUAUUUACUUCCUCUCUGGGUUGCUUUGUGAAUUAAAUAUGAUGACACAUAAAUAACUAGAAUAGGGAAUGACUGUAAAAGGUAUUAAAUAAAAGAUUGCUUUUCUCCUUCUAAACUUCUAAACUUCUAAAUUUCCUCCCUUCCCAUUAUAUACCCUUCCAUUUAAAAUAAUAGUAAUAAUAAUAGUUAUCAGGGUGCUUAGGUGGAUCAAUGGGUUAAGCCUCUGACUUUGGCUCAAGUCUUGAUCCCAGGGUCCUAGGAUCAAGCCCCGCAUAGGGCACUCUGCUCAGUGGGGAGCCUGCUUCCCCCUACCCCUCUCUGCCUGCCUCUCUGCCUACUUGUGAUCUCUCUCUCUGUCAAAUAAAUAAAUAAAAUCUUUUAAAAAUAA